AUGGGUAGCUUAGAUAAAGGUGUUUUGACGGGAUUUAUAUGCAGAUUGUGUUCAGAAAUGCAUCGUGUAGUGCUUCAUAUAUAUGGAGAGGAAGGCAUACGAUUAUGCAUUUCCGAAAAAAUUAAUCGAUAUCUGUCAAUAAACGUAUCUCGUUCAGAUCCUUUACCUAAAACAAUAUGCAAGAAUUGCUUGGAACGUUUAGAGAACCAACAUAGACUUGUCAUGCGUAUUGAACAAGCAGCAAAUAUGCUUAAAGGCCAGAGAAGGGCCAGAGUUAGCCGAGGCUGCUAUGUGAGUGUAUGUGAUGAGUCAAAUGACCCCUCUCAAUCUCCACCUUCAGAGUAG